AUGAAUAACGUGGUCCAACUACAACACUAUAGCAGCGACCUCGCCACGGCCAUAACAAGCCUCGUGGGUUAUUCUCGAAGUGCCAACAUCCAGCAAACUUCCAGCCAUGAGCCACCAUUGGACUCAGAAGAAGUCCAGCGAGCCAAAGCACACAUCCUAUCCAUCGUUUCUAAAAUCAGGACCUUGAUUUGUGGACCAACAAGACUUCCUCCAAUAUCUUGCAAGCCAGGUGAAAUCCUCGCAUGCCUGCGAUGGUUACGCGAGUUCCAAAUUCUCGCCUGCAUACCACUGAUCCGCAGCGUCCCAAUUAAGGACAUAGCCGAUCUAACAGGUGUUCCACAAACAACUCUAGCCCGCAUCAUUCGACUAACAGCUACGGCUGGCUUCCUUCACGAACUACAACCUUCUCAUGUGGCACGUACGCCCUUGUCAGCCUCCUUUUCUUUCGAAUCCCUCCCCAGUGAGAGACCCUACGAUCUUGGCCUCCUCACAGCCAAGCCAUUCCACGCAACACGCGAGCAACAGCCGAAGCUGAAUCGCCAGUGGUCUGCUUAUCUUCACCAUGUUGGGGGGUUGUAUACGGCCGAUGACGUGGCGGACGUUCUCAUGCAGCUAAGCUGGUCUAAAAUCAGCAACAUCAGCGACCCAGCAACCGCCAUCUUAUAUUAUCAGGAACCAGAGAACUCCAACUCUCGAAUCACGGUCACCAACUGCACCCUCGGUAACAGGCAAACCGCCUCUGAUGCAGCUGUGUAUAUACUCCAUCUCCCUCCAUCCUCCCCGGGUGCAGUACAUACCGAGCUGGCAGUUCAUCGGGAUGUUCUCUGCGCGCGCCACGGUAUUAUGCUUUUAUUAACGGCUCGUCUACUUCCUAAACCGGGUAGUCUCCCCCAUCCCGAGGUCGAAGCCAUGGCCCGCUCAAGGGAUCUGGCCUUGCUCCAGUUGACUAAUGAGGGCGAGAUGGAAAUGGUCGCGCUUUUGGGAAUAAUAGACUUAGUUAGGGAUAGUGUGGGCAGAUUGGUGGUGACUAAAAGGCUUUGUGCAAGUAACGGGCUUGUUGUUUCUUUAGUGGUUAAAUAUAAACCUGGUUGGCCUAGGGAAUAG